CCUUCCUUCCUUCCUUCCUUCCUUCCUUCCUCCCACCUCCUCCUCUUCUUCCUCCCGUCCCCAUGGGGAACACCCGGAGCGGGGCCCUCUCUAAGGAGAUCCUGGAGGAGCUGAAGACCAACACCAGGUUCUCGGAGGAGGAGCUGUGCCGGUGGUACGAGAGCUUCCAGCGGCAGUGCCCCGACGGGCGCAUCAGCCGGGGGGAGUUCGAGAAGAUCUACGGCACCUUCUUCCCCAACUCGGACCCCCAGGGCUACGCCCGCCACGUCUUCCGCAGCUUCGACACCAACGACGACGGCACCUUGGACUUCCGGGAGUACAUCAUCGCCCUCCACCUCACCUCCUCGGGCAAGACCCACCUCAAGUUGGAGUGGGCCUUCUCCCUCUUCGACGUGGAUCGCAACGGGGAGGUCAGCAAGAGCGAGGUGCUGGAGAUCAUCACGGUGAGUUUGGGGGAGGGGGAGGAAGAGGA